GUAGGGCUAGUCGUUAUCUAAUAGUUACUUACUGCAGAGUAGGGCUAGUCGUUAUCUAAUAGUUACUUACUGCAGAGUAGGGCUAGUCGUUAUCUAAUAGUUACUUACUGCAGAGUAGGGCUAGUCGUUAUCUAAUAGUUACUUACUGCAGAGUAGGGCUAGUCGUUAUCUAAUAGUUACUUACUGCAGAGUAGGGCUAGUCGUUAUCUAAUAGUUACUUACUGCAGAGUAGGGCUAGUCGUUAUCUAAUAGUUACUUACUGCAGAGUAGGGCUAGUCGUUAUCUAAUAGUUACUUACUGCAGAGUAGGGCUAGUCGUUAUCUAAUAGUUACUUACUGCAGAGUAGGGCUAGUCGUUAUCUAAUAGUUACUUACUGCAGAGUAGGGCUAGUCAUUAUCUAAUAGUUACUUACUGCAGAGUAGGGCUAGCCAUUAUCUAAUAGUAACUUAGACUGGUAGUUGAUUUUAAGGUACAGUCAUGAUAAUUGGACUAAAAUGUGGGUAAUUGGAUGCUUAGAUGUAACCAUAGACCGUCUUAUUUUUGCAUAGGGUCAAUUAAACAUGACAAGAAAGGGAGAGAUAUCGGACUUCUUUUUAAAGAAGCACAAACAGACUCCAGCCCUUGCAUCACCACCGGACCCCAGAGCGACUCCCUACCUGAGGCUAGUCAGUGUGGUCAGACAUCACAAGGUCCCAGUCUACCACCACCAGGUCAGAGCGGCUCCCUACCUGAGGCUAGUCAGUGUGGUCAGACUUCACAAGAUCCCAGUCUACCAUCACCAGACCACAGAGCGGCUCCCUACCUGAGGCUAGUCAGUGUGGUCGGACUUCACAAGGUCCCAGUCUACCACCACCAGGUCAGAGCGGCUCCCUACCUGAGGCUAGUCAGUGUGGUCAGACAUCACAAGGUCCCAGUCUACCACCACCAGGUCAGAGCGGCUCCCUACCUGAGGCUAGUCAGUGUGGUCAGACUUCACAAGGUCCCAGUCUACCACCACCAGGUCAGAGCGGCUCCCUACCUGAGGCUAGUCAGUGUGGUCAGACAUAACAAGGUCCCAGCCUACCACCACCAGGUCAGAGCGGCUCCCUACCUGAGGCUAGUCAGUGUGGUCAGACUUCACAAGGUCCCAGUCUACCACCACCAGGUCAGAGCGGCUCCCUACCUGAGGCUAGUCAGUGUGGUCAGACUUCACAAGGUCCCAGUCUACCACCACCAGGUCAGAGCGGCUCCCUACCUGAGGCUAGUCAGUGUGGUCAGACAUCACAAGGUCCCAGUCUACCACCACCAGGUCAGAGCGGCUCCCUACCUGAGGCUAGUCAGUGUGGUCAGACUAAACAAGGUCCCAGUCUACCACCACCAGGUCAGAGCGGCUCCCUACCUGAGGCUAGUCAGUGUGGUCAGACUUCACAAGGUCCCAGUCUACCGCCACCAGGUCAGAGCGGCUCCCUACCUGAGGCUAGUCAGUGUGGUCAGACUUCACAAGGUCCCAGUCUACCACCACCAGGUCAGAGCAGCUACCAGGCAGUCAGUCACAUGACCAGUUCAGAAUUUAAGUUGAGCUUCAGUUUGUAAUAGAAUAUUUUGUCAGAUUAAACCUCAUGUGUGUUCUUGUUUUGAUGGCUGUGACAUUUUUAUUGUGAUUCUACACUAAUGGUUGUUAUUUUAAUGUAAUGGAUGCAUCAAGGGAUGACACGGAGACCUCUGGCUCUGAGCAAGACAGUGAGCUAGAGCUGCCAGGAGAUGUCAUCAAGCCCCUCCCAACUGUAUCAAGGGAUGACACAGAGACCUCUGGCUCUGAGCAAGACAGUGAGCUAGAGCUGCUAGUAGAUAUCAUCAAGCCCCUCCCAACUGUAUCAAGGGUUGACAGAGACCUCUGGCUCUGAGCAAGACAGUGAGCUAGAGCUGCUAGUAGAUAUCAUCAAGCCCCUCCCAACUGUAUCAAGGGAUGACACAGAGACCUCUGGCUCUGAGCAAGACAGUGAGCUAGAGCUGCUAGUAGAUAUCAUCAAGCCCCUCCCAACUGUAUCAAGGGAUGACACCGAGACCUCUGGCUCUGAGCAAGACUGUGAGCAAGAGCUGCGAGUAGAUAUCAUCAAGCCCCUCCCAACUGCAUUAAGCACCAGAUGUGCUGUUCCAAAAGAACCCAACGACAUUUCAAGAUCCAGAGAAGAGGGUCCUGUACAGCAGUGUUUGAAAACAUUUCCCAGAGCUCAGCAUGGUACUAGGGGAAAGGGCUUUCAUCAGCUCCUGGAAUAAAGGACAAUUCAUGGCUUGAAUAUUCUGUAAGUCAAGAUUCGACUUAUUGUUUCGCCUGUCGGUAUUUUUCUCUGCCCAAUACACCUGAAUCUGCCUUCACAUCAGUCAGGUUUUUGUAACUGGGAAAAGGCGCUGUUUAAAGAUUCUGGGAUUUUAAUUUGACCUUUAUUUAACCAGGCAAGUCAGUUAAAGAACAAAUUCUUAUUUUCGAUGACGGCCUAGGAACAGUGGGUUAACUGCCUGUUCAGGGGCAGAACGAGGGGUUUGAACUUGCAACCUUUCGGUUACUAGUCCAACGCUCUAACCACUAGGCUACCCUGCCGUCUCCAUUCGAAUGCAUAGCAUCAUAUCAAUGCUAUGUAUGCUUGGAAUCAGCAUCAAAGGGCUAUUGACAGCAACUCAUCAAUGUUAGAUGUCAUGAAUGAGGACCGGAAACAGAAAGUGGAGGAAAACUGUACUGACAUUAAAACAAUUACAGAUGUGCUCCUCUUAACUGCCACUCAAAAUAUAGCGCAGAGAGGUCAUCGAGAGUUCUUGAGGGCUGAGCUGAGAAAGCAAUGCUGAGAUGGUACAAAGUGAAAUAAUAAGAGAAGUUAAAGAAAGUGACGUUUUUAGUGUAAUUUCAGAUGAAACCAAAGAUUUAAAGAAAGAAUAACAUGUCUUUAGUUGUGAGGUACUAUUACAACGGGGCCGUCCGCGAAAUAAUUUUUACACUUUCAGCUGAAGGGUUAGAUGCAGCAGGUCUCACAUUGAUUGCCUUGAAAAACACGGUCUGGACUACAGAAAUAAUCUGGUGGGGCAAGGCUGUGACGGUGCAUCCGUCAUGAGCGGAAAGCAUUCUGGCGUGUCUGCACGGAUUAAAAACAGUGCAAGAUUUACAUUGUAUGUGCACUGUAAUGCAUAUUGUUUGAAUUUGGUUCUUGUCGAUGCUGUAAAAAUCAGUGCCUCCUGCAGAAGCUUUCUAACUUAGUAUCUGGCUCAUACGUUCAUCUCAAGUGGCUUGCAGUUCAGAAAGAGCUGAAUCCACAGCAGCAGCCCAGGGAACUACGGAGACUUACAGAUGGAAGGUGGGCAUGCAGAUACAUGGCAUGCCGUAAUCUGAGGGACAGGCUUCCAGCAGUUCUGAGAGUGCUACAGGAUACCACACUUGAAAAUAGUGGUGAUAGAUCAGUGGAGGCAAGGGGCCAUCUUUCUCAGGGGCCUUCUUUCUUUUGGAAAGUGCUCGGUGAUUCCAAACGUCUUCUGGCAUGCUCCAACCAAGCUCUCUUGACCUAGCAAGGUCUGUGUGUCUAGUAGGUGCCCUUACAGACCCAUUACAGGACUACAGAAGGUAGGGUUACUAUGGAGAACUAUGGAAAGAGAUUGCAGAGCACUGCAAAAUAAGUGUACAAACAGUGUGUAAAAGACAGUCUAAAACAAGCUUGUGAUUCCACAAAUCAUUGAUGAGCACACUGUAGGACAGAAAAAUAGUGACCAAUGUGAUGGUGAGAGCUUCCAAAGAGCUGUCUUUAAUCAGGUGCUUGACAGUCUCACAGCUGAGCUGCAGAGGUGUUUUUCAAAGAAGGAUUGUGAGAUAAUGCAAAGGGCCCAGUCUCUCAACCCAAAGAGGACACCAUUCUUGAAUGAGGAGCCUUUGUUUGCCUUUGCUCAGACCUUUGAGUCAGAUUCAGAGGACCUCAAACACGAGGUUCAUCAAACCAAGCGGCUUCUUGAUAGGAGAGAAGUGGAAGGGACAGACCAUCUACUCUCCUUGACUUUGUUGUGUUUCUAGAACCUUAUAAAGAGGUUUUCCAUGAGCUAUUUCGACUUAGAUUUCUGUUACACCAGUAAGCAGUGCUUAUUGCGAGAGAAGCUUCUCAGCUUUAAAAUGGAUUAAAACCACCUUAGGACAACAAUGGUCGAUGACCGGUUAAGUCAGCUCAGAAUUCUCAGUGUUGAGUCAAGGAGGGCACGCUCCCUCAACAUGGGUGAGUUUGUGAAACAUUUUGCCAGUUCUCACCAGAACCACAGAAUUAUGCUGGUUUAAAUCUACCAGGGAUAAAUUGUCACAUAGCCGGUCCCUCUGCUCAUGAUUAAAACCUGCACUGUGUACUAGCUAGUACACUGACAUUCUAAAAUGAUCCAUCCAAAGGGGAUCAUGUCACACAGAUUUAAAAUGGUCUUGAUUAGGACAAUUCCAAAACUUUUCUUUGCUAUUAGUUAACAUAAUAUAUCCAAGCAUAAAUAUGAUACUGUAAGUUUAUAAUAUUGAUGGGUACAAAUCAAGUCCAUUUCUGCUUGAUACCUGGUAUGUCAAAUUGCAGUGUUUUUUGUGUUUUUUUUGUAAAUAAACUAUGCAAUUUAUGUAACACGCAAAUGCUGUCUUCUCCUUGGUGCUUGAGCUUUAUUUUCUGAAAAUAUUUGAAUGUUCAACACUUAGACAGUUGAAGUUGGAAGUUACACUUUGUAGAGCUAUUAGAACUCAUUUUUCAACCACUCCACAAAUUUCUUGUUAACUAGUGUUACCAAGUCUGUUAGGACAUCUACUUUGUGCAUGACAGAAGUAAUUUUUCCAACAAUUGUUUACGGA